UACUGCUCGCCCCAUACACGUGAGACGAACAGCUGGGGUGGAACCAAAAAAUCCCCUGCGCCAAAUUGUGCGCCCAGGACAUCGUUGGCUGCCGCACGCGAUCGCUGGUUGCGCGGGCCGACUAUAUACGCCGACGUCGGAGAGAUAUCGGACGAGUGUGCAUCCCAGCCUUUUUGGUGCGUUCCAGUCCAGAUCGUUCUGGCAAGGCAUGGGGAAAUACGGGCAUGGCCGUGGUACACCUCAGUUCCCCACAUUUUUCCUGCUUUUACUGCUGACGUUCGAAGCGACGCGUUGCGUCGGUUUCGGGGACCAACCGGUACUGGGAGGGUGGGUGCAGCAGGACCCACGAGACCCAGCCUUCCUUAUCGCGGCACGCUUCGCCGAACGGAAGGCUGCGAUGCAAGGCGGUCAUCGAUACCGCGUGCUCCGGGUCACGUCUGCGUGGACCCAGGUUGUGAAUGGCAUCAACUACAAAGUGCAUUACACGAGGGGACUCAAGUGCGGACCUGGUGAAAGUUAUAGGAUGUGCGACGAGAAUCCGGGUGAGCCUCCGGAACAUUGCAUGGCCGUCGUCUACGCACCAUUCCACAGCUCUCAAAGGCAACUUGCUGCGCAUUCGUGUUCCCAGGGGGGCGGGGUCCGCGACCCCCAGGAAGUGCAAACCUCGCCGCCACUCGAUUACGGAAAGUAGAUCCGAAUAAAGAAACCUUCACUGAAGAAA